CAGUGGGGCAUUAGUUAGUGCACGGCAGCUGCGGAGAUGCAAACCACAAUGACAACGCGACGACUUGGCCUUCUCGGUCUGCUGGUGGUGCUGGGCUGCCUGGUGGCCCAGGGCAAACCACAUGGUUGGAGCAGCGGCGGCGGUGGCUCAGGCGGUUGGUCCUCCGGCGGUGGAUCGGGCGGCAGCAAGGUCAUCAUCAGUGCCUGGCCAUCCGGCGGUGGCGGCGGAGGAGGUUGGUCCUCUGGUGGCGGAUCAGGAGGAGGCUGGAAGAGCGGCGGUGGAGGAGGCUGGUCAUCCGGUGGAGGCGGCGGCGGUGGUGGCUGGCCAUCCGGUGGCUCCGGAGGCGGUGGCUGGAAGAGCGGCGGUGGCUCUGGCGGUUGGUCCUCCGGCGGAUCCUCUGGCUGGCCCAGCUCGGGCGGUUCCUCCGGCUGGAAGUCCGGCGGCAGUUCGGGAUUAUCCAGUGCCCUGUCCAGUCUCUCCGGUUGGAAAUCCCAGGCUUUGGGUAGCUUGAGCAGCGGUUGGAAGAGCGGCGGCGGCGGCGGUGGAGGCGGUGGAGGCGGCUGGCCAUCUGGUGGCGGAUCAGGAGGAGGCUGGAAGAGCGGCGGCGGCUCAGGCGGUUGGUCAUCCGGUGGCGGAUCCUCCGCCUGGCCCAGCAAGAUCAGCAGUGGUUGGUCCUCCGGCGGAGGAGGAGGAGGAAGUGGCGGCUGGUCAUCCGGCGGAAGCGGCGGCUGGAGCUGGUAAACAGAUCCUGGACACGCGACGACAUCCAAUCGAGGCGAACCGACGACGAGGCGACUCUAGAUCCACUGCUCAACUUGUACAUAACAUUCUCUGCGCUAAACUUAAUCAAUAAUUUUUUUUUGUGUUUCUAAAUAUGUGAAUAAAUCUUACAAGAAAGUAA